AUGCCCCCAAAAUCAAAAGACCCCCAGGCCUCAGACGCCAAGUCCCCCGAAGACCUCAUCAAACUCCUCGCAAAGUCCCAAAAGGAACCUCUUUCCAUCCUAAGGAUCCUUAAAGAAGCCCAGCAGCGAGAUGGUGCCGAUUCCUCUCAAUCGAGUGCAAUCCUGGAAGCCGAGUUGACCAGUUACAAGGAAUAUUUUUCCAAACUCCGUUUCCAAUAUCUCGAACAAGUCACCAAAGAACGCUUUCUAAACGCCAUAACAGCCGAUAUACCCGAACUAGUCGAACCCGAAGAAAUAGAACAACUAGAAAUAAAAGUAGCCCGACAAAAGGAAGGUCUAAGGAAAUGUAAAGGCGAAGUCAACGCUAUUAACGCCGAAAUAUCAAAAUUGGGGAAGAGAGUCUGCGAUGAAUACGCAUCCCUAAAAUCCACAACAACCCACAUCCUCUCCCUCCCCCCCACGAUAUCAUCCCUAGAAUCCGAAGUCGCCUCCCUCCUCCAAUUCUCACCGGAAUCCACAGAUCCAUCCACAGAUCCCGACCUUCACCUCCCUCUCCGCGAAACACUACAUCGUCUACAAGCAACAGACACAGAAAUAAUCCAACUCCAACGCCAAAUCGAUGCAGCGAACAGGAAUAUAACUACAAAGAAUAGACGGAUAGAGGUGUUGGAUAGGGAAUUGAAACCGUUGGAAGCGAAUGCUGAGGCGGUUAGUGCUAAUGCUGAGGAAAGUAGACGGAGGAGGGAGGAGGAGAGACAGAGGGGAUUGGCGAAUAGGGAGAAUGUGGGGAAAUGGUAUGGUACUGUUGAGGGGGUUUUGGAGGAGUUGGUGUAG